AUGUCUGCACAUACGUACAAAAAGUUCGAAAACUCGAGCUCUGGCGAUUUGCCGGAUAAAAUGACCAUCUAUCAGGAUUGUAUGAACACGUUUAAUGAAUCACCUGUAAAUUCUAAGAGAUGUCGUUUGCUGAUUUCACGUUUACUAAGACUGUUGGCUCAAGGCGAAACCUUCCCCCAAAAUGAAGCUACCGCACUGUUUUUCUCCAUCUCCAAAUUGUUUCAACACCAAAACGAUUCUUUGAGGCAAGCUGUUUACUUGGCAAUUAAGGAAUUGAGUGGAAUUUCAGAGGACGUUUUGAUGGCCACUUCUUCGAUCAUGAAGGACGUUCAGAAUGGUUCGGAUUUGAUCAAACCUGAUGCUAUCAGAUCAUUGACUUAUGUCUUGGAUGAGUCUACCGCUUUUUCAGCCGAAAGAUUACUGAAAAGUGCCGUGGUUAGUAGACACCCUUCAAUUUCUUCGGCAGCACUAUGUACUUCUUACCAUCUGUUACCGAUUUCAGAAGUCACUGUCAAGAGAUUUACGAACGAAACUCAAGAAGCUGUCCUGGAUUUGAAGCAGUUCCCAAAUCAACAUGCUGGCAACGAAUAUUACCCAAACUCUACUUAUAUCUCCCAGUAUCAUGCCCUUGGGUUACUUUACCAAUUGAAGAAAACUGAUAAGAUGGCAUUACUGAAAUUGGUUAGACACUUCUCUGAAAACAACUCCAUGAAGAAUCAGCUGGCCAAAGUAGAACUAGUCAAGAUUGUUAACGAUUUGAUUUGUAGAGAUCCUCAAUUAUUCAAUCAAUUUAGACCACUGUUAUCUGACUGGCUUUCCAACAAAUUCGAAUCUGUUCAGUUGGAAACAGCAAAAUCAAUCACCUCAUUUGCUAUCCGCAAUUCGCGCUUAGUCGCUCCAGAACUAUAUGCAGCUGCCAUUACUGCUUUGCAAUCUUUAUUGACUGUCCCUCGCGUCUCUUCUAGAUUUGCUGCAUUGAGAGUUUUAAAUAGAAUCUCUAUGGUUUCACCUGAAAAGAUUGUCGUUUGUAACCCUGAAUUAGAAUCUUUAAUCAACGAUCCUAAUAGAAACAUUUCGACCUAUGCAAUUACCACUUUAUUGAAAACGGGUACUUCCAAGAAUAUAUCUUCUUUGAUUUCCACCAUUACUAAUUUCAUUCACGAUGUUAGUGAUGACUUUAAGAUCAUUAUCAUUGACGCUGUUCGCACCUUAUCGCUAAACUUCCCACAAGAAUGGAAAUCUGUCUUAAAUUUCUUAAUCGACGUUUUAAAAAAUAGUGAAGGUGGAUUCAAAUUCAAAAACAGUAUCGUUGAAGCAUUGAUUGAUAUUGUUUCAUUUGUUCCACAAUCUAAAGAAGUUGCCUUAGAAAACUUGUGUGACUUCAUUGAAGAUUGUGAGUUCAACGAAAUACUUGUAAGAAUAUUACAUCUAUUGGGUAAAGAAGGUCCAUCAGCUCCAAAUCCAUCGUUAUAUGUUAGACAUAUUUAUAACAGAGUAGUAUUGGAGAAUUCUAUCAUUAGAUCCGCUGCUGUGGUAGCUUUAUCCAAAUUUGCUCUAACAAAGAACGAUCCUACUUUAUAUGAAUCAAUCAUAAGUUUAUUGAAGAGAAUCGCUAAUGAUAAAGAUGAUGAAGUUAGGGACAGAGCUACUAUUGCUCUCGAAUUCAUCGAUUCUGCUAGAAAUAAACAAGAUGUUGUGGCACAAAAUCUAAUUGAAUCCAAAUAUUAUUACGAUAUUCCAUCAUUAGAAAACAAACUGAACGCUUAUAUUUCCUCCAAUAAUGAUUCGUUUGCUACUGCGUUUGACGUUAAGCAAGUUCGUAAGUUUACCGAGGACGAAAUGAAGGCAAUAAAUCUGAAAAGAAAGCAAGAACAAAUCUUCAACCAAAAAUCAGAAACAACCUCGGAUGAUAUACCAGAAGCCGACGGUGCUGCUUCGGAAAAAAGAGCAGAUGCCAAGUCCUUCACUGGUCCAAACUUGGAUGACCACCAGGAAGAUUUAUUAGCUACGAAGUAUGCUGACGAAUUGUUAUCCAUUGAACAAAUUAAACCAUUCGGUCAAUUAGUAAAUAGUUCCAGGGCUAUCUCAUUGACUGAGCCAGAAGCUGAAUUCGUGGUAAGUGGUAUCAAACACCUAUUCAAAGAUAACGUUGUUUUCCAAUUCAAUAUCAAAAACACUUUAACAGAUAUUGCCCUGGAUAAUGUUGCUGUUGUUUGCUCUCCAGAAAAUUCUGAUGAAGCUGUACUAGAAGAAUUAUUUACUUUACAAGUAGACAGGCUACUACCAUCCGAAGAAGCAGCAUGCUACGUUGCAUUUAAUAAAUCUGAUGAAAUUGUAAUGGAGGGUUUCCUAAACAACCUAACAUUCACAACGAAGGAAAUAAAUUCUGAUACUAAUGAACCAUUUGAAGGUGAUGAAGGUUUCCAGGAUGAGUACGAAAUCGAUUCUAUUUUCUUGAGUGCUGGUGAUUAUGUUAAGAGUUCUUUCACAGGUAAUUUCUCUGCUACAUUUGAUGAAUUACCGGCUGAAGAAAUUGCUGUUUUUAAUAUCCAAGAAGACUUGUCCAUACAAGAAGUUGUUGACAAGAUUAUCCUAAACAGUAGCUGCUUGCCAGUGGAAAGUACUCAAUUUGCUCCAAGCGACUCAAAUUCCCAUGUCUUAAAAUUAUAUGGUAAGAGUGCUUUAACUGGCUCCAAAGUGGCACUACAAAUCAAGAUGAUUAAGAGCUCGAAAGGCCUUGCUUUGAAAGUUCAUGGUAAGGGUGAAGACAGCUUGUUGUGUUCUGAUCUAGUAAAUAGCUUGAUGUAG